ACGUAAGCGUGAUAAGUGACGCAACAGACGUUGCAUAAAUUGCGGCCCCGCCGAGCCGGAGCGUUGAGAGACGACUGGACUUGUCGGGUUCCUCUGUGUUGGCGUGGGGGUGACUCGGCGUGCUCGGAUUCUCAGCGUCUCCGCGUUAGCUUACAGGUCAAAAUGCAAAUCUUCGUGAAGACUUUGACCGGCAAGACCAUCACCCUGGAAGUGGAGCCCAGUGACACCAUCGAGAAUGUGAAGGCCAAGAUCCAGGAUAAGGAAGGCAUCCCCCCUGACCAGCAGAGGCUCAUCUUUGCAGGCAAGCAGCUGGAAGAUGGCCGCACUCUUUCUGAUUACAACAUCCAGAAGGAGUCCACCCUGCAUCUGGUGCUGCGUCUGAGGGGUGGUAUGCAGAUCUUCGUGAAGACCUUGACCGGCAAGACCAUCACCCUGGAAGUGGAGCCCAGUGACACCAUCGAGAAUGUGAAGGCCAAGAUCCAGGAUAAGGAAGGCAUCCCCCCUGACCAGCAGAGGCUCAUCUUUGCAGGCAAGCAGCUGGAAGAUGGCCGCACUCUUUCUGAUUACAACAUCCAGAAGGAGUCCACCCUGCAUCUGGUGCUGCGUCUGAGGGGUGGUAUGCAGAUCUUCGUGAAGACCUUGACCGGCAAGACCAUCACCCUGGAAGUGGAGCCCAGUGACACCAUCGAGAACGUGAAGGCCAAGAUCCAGGAUAAGGAAGGCAUCCCCCCUGACCAGCAGAGGCUCAUCUUUGCAGGCAAGCAGCUGGAAGAUGGCCGCACUCUUUCUGAUUACAACAUCCAGAAGGAGUCGACCCUGCAUCUGGUCCUCCGUCUGAGGGGCGGCUGUUAAUUUUUCAGUCUUGUAUUCAUAAUGCCCAAUGAUGGCAUCACUCUGCACUCUAGCCAUGUGCCCCAAUUUAAGUUUAGAAAUUACCAGUUUCAGUAAUAGCUGAAUCUGUUCAAAAUGUUAAUAAAGGUUUUGUUGCAUGGUA